ACGUAUAUUCGCCCUUGCUUUUCUUUCCCUCGACGUCUGCUUUUAAUACUCACUUGGUUAAUUAGUGGGUCGGUCUGUGAGAGAACGACGCACAUCUCGAAGCCCCGCACUGUUGUCUAAAUUUCCCACUGGUUAUUUCCAACUGUCAGUUUUUCGUUUUGAAACCUCUUCUUUCUGUCAACGCGCUGUCCUCUAUUUUUCCACCUAUUUCCAGCUAUUUUUUUCCCCGGCCACGGGAGAGCCUUUCCUUCUUGUUUAAAGGGAGGUAUACCGAUUAUUUGCGAGGUCUGCACACGACUCCCACCCAGAAUCCAUGGCGAGCGAGGCCGCGCACGCGAGCAGCAGCGAGUCAGGCUUGCUGACAACACCCCCGAAAUGCUGGGGGUGUAACAAGCCCAUCGACGGUGGCAGCGCAAUUCAAUUCGCCGAUGGCGUCUGGCACAUUGACUGCUUCCAAUGCACAACCUGCAACAAAGUAAUCGAGUUCGACUCGAACCUGCUGUUCCUGGCGGACGGAAAGCCGAUCUGUCCCGAGUGCUCGUACUGCUGCAGCCUGUGCAAGAAGCCGAUAUUCGACGAGGCCAUUGUGACGGUAGAGGGCACAUACCACUCAGAGUGCUUCCGAUGCACCAACUGCAAACAGCGGAUCCAAGGAAAAUCAUUUGCAAAGACUAGCCAGGGCGUGAUAUACUGCGUAAACUGUUAUGCGGAGCGACGCGAGAAGAAGAAGGCUGCGCGACGACGCCGUGAGCAUCAGGUCAUGGAGGAGAAGGCGCUGCCAUCGCUGCCGCCAGACUCAGGCACUGAAAUCGGGCGCUCCCCUGUUUUGGCCAGUGGCCGGGAGGGCCAGCUUUCUCCGAGCACCCUGCCAAGCAAUAGUAGCGCGCCAGUGAUCGGGGGUUCCAGACCAGGAAGCUCCGCUCAGCCGGUGGGCGAGGCAGCGAGGCAGUCAGCGGUGCUGGACGAUAGCGGUAGGUCUAGUACGUCGGCGCAGCAGACCCGUCGCAGACUGCCGCCGCCUGGCAACGCCUCCGCCAGUGCCCAGCCGUUACCAGCCGCCAGCGGAAAGCCAAAGCAGGGGCUGGCAACGUCGAGCUCGACAGACUUUACUGGCACUUCGUCUACCUCACCCAGCUACCAGCACCACGCCAGCAGCGCGCCAACCUCGCCGACAGCCACCGAUAAUGCAGCAAACACGCACGGGCUGCCGCCUGUUCCGACGUCGCCUCCGCUAGAUGCCAACUUUGAUGCCGGUCUCGAGUGGACAGAGGAUAUUGACGAGCUGGAGCGCAAGUUUGUGCGCUUCUCCAUGCGUGCCGGAGCGCAGCCUGGAGCCAGCGGGCUGGCCAACGGGUUACGUGAGCCAGCAGCCGAUGAUGGCCGCCGCCAUGCGCAGCAGGACUUGGCCCAGCGCAUGCGCGCCAUGAGCAACUCCAAGGGACCCAGCGGCGUGAUCCCGCUGGGCCUGCGGUCCCGCGAGGGAAGCCCCACAGACACGCAGCCUGGUGACUCGUUGAGCCAGCAGCAGCAGCAGCGCCAGACCGAGGGAGGCACAGAAUGGCUGCAGCACGCUGAUGUGGCACAGCUGAAGGAAGAGCUGCUGGUCAACUACGGGCAGCUGUGCCGCAUGGAGGCGAGCUACCAGAAGCUGCGGGAUCUGUACGCGACAGUGGUGAACCAGCUACUGGAGACGCGCCAGGUGCUGCAGCAGGAGCGGUCCAAGAAGAACGAAUACGAGGGGAUUCUGCGAAAGUACUAUGGGUGGGUUGACAGCAACCCGUCGCCGUCAUUCAACAACGACAGUACGUUGGCGCGUAGCCCGGGCGGCAGCAGUUCAGCCCAGCAGCAACCGCAGCAGCAGCAGCAGCAGCAGCAGCGGGGAUCGGCCGUGCAGGAGGCAAAGGGUGCAAAUGGCGGUAGUGCGCGGGCGCAGAGCCGUCAUCAUCAUCAGCAGCGUGAUGGCCCGCCGCCCAGCAUCGGCCGCACAUUGAGCAUCCGGCGCCAAAAGCAAGCAGCAGCAGCAGCAGCCAGCAAGCAGGCAGGCGACGGAAACGAGUCAGGCUCGGAUGUUGACGACGCCAUCAUCACCACCAUGCCGCAGAAGGCCACUAAGCGCUUCCUUUGGCCAUUCGGGGGGUCUGGCAGCGGCCACCACGUCGCAGGCGACGAUGGCAGACACGACUCAAUGGACUCGGAAGCGACGGCUGCGGGCACAUCGACGAGCCCGACGGCCGGCCGCAAGAGCCUCGACUCGGGCACCACAGUGGGCUCGCGGCAGCACUACUUCCAGCCCAGCAACACGUUCCGGCCUGGCAAGUGCGAGCGCUGCCUGGAGAAGAUCUGGACGUUCGCCAACAACACAGUCAAGUGCAAGUACUGCAACGUCAUAUGCCACCACCGCUGCGUCGCCGAUUUCCCCGCGAACUGCCCAGGCUUUGACCGCAGCGGGCGCUCUGCUGGUGGCCACCACUCGCACCACGGCUCGGCUGUCAACAGCAUGCCGGCGUUUGACCCCAAUGCGCCAUUCCAGCCAGAUAAGAUGUUUGGGCGCAGCCUGAUCGAGCAGGCGCGCAGCGAGGACGCACAUGUACCGUGGAUUGUGCGGGCGGCAAUCGGAUUCAUUGAGGAGCAAGGGCUGACGAUGGAGGGCGUGUACCGGAAAUCCGGGUCGACAAUGGAUAUCCGAGCGAUCCAGAUGAACGUGACGCAGAUCUCGGUUGCCACCAACGGCAAGUUUGCAGGCACGCCGCCGAUAGCCUCGGCUGACGCGGACGUCACCAGCGUCACGUCGGUUCUGAAGCAGUAUUUCCGCGAGCUGCCCGACCCUUUGCUGACGUUCGAGACAUACCACUUGUGGGUGCAGGCAGCGGGCAUUGGCAGCGACGAGGAAAAGGUGCGCGUGUAUCGGACGAUCAGCGAUUCGAUGCCGCACGAGCACUCGGAGACGCUAAAGUACCUGAUGCUGCAUCUAAAGCGGAUUGCCGAGUACCAGCAGGACAACAAGAUGACGCCGAACAACCUGUCGGUGGUGUUCGCGCCCAACAUCCUGCAUAUGCCCAAGAGCAAUGUGUUUGAGGAGAUGAAAAACAUGGGCGGCAUCAACCAGACGGUGCGGUUCCUGAUCCAGCACGCCAACGACAUCUGGGGCGAUCAGCACUAUGCGCAGUACUCGGGGCGCAAGGACAGCCAGGAUAAUGGGCAGGACGCGUCGUCGCCGAGCUCGCCUGCGGUGGGCAGUGGAGUAGAGCCUAUGCCGAUUGUGUCUCCUGCAGGCACUGCAGAGCAGGGGGAUUUGAAUAUGUCGCACAGUAUGCCAUCGUCGCCAGCGUUCCUGGAGGAUGCGGGCGGGGUGCAGCAUUCUGUGCGGCAGCAGCAUGCAGCACAUGAUAUGUCUGAGCGGUUCAUGGCGUCGCACCAUCACAGCCCGAUGUAUCAUAAGGCGAGUCUGGAUAUUCCGCGCGACAGCAAUAGCAAGUUUUAAAGCCCCCACCCCACAAAAGUAAUCAGUUGUAUCCGUUUUAAUUGUCUUUUCUAUGUGCACGCUACACAAUAAAUGCUACAAAGAGC